UGGGUAAAAAUAAAACUGUUUUGUAUUGAUUACACAUGCAGCCUGAGAUAAUCGGAAAAUUGUAGUAUGUUAAAUGCGUGUGUUUUACCUGAUAUAUGGUUAUUUUAUAUAACUACUCCGUCAUGAAUAGAUAUUUUGCCAUGCUUUAUUGUGCAUGAUGAAGUCCUGGUGAAAACAGAUAUAACAUUGCUUUUGUGUUUAGAUAUUUAAUUGAGCUAUGGAAAUAGACUGGAGCCAGGAACAGAAAGAUGCACGUGCAGAGUUGGCAGCCAUUGAGCGCCAGCAGAAGAGAAGAGACGCUCAGCCUCUCCUGCUCUGUCGACUUAUCACACGCUGGCCCGUGAAAGCAUUCUUAUUGACUUUGCUUGGACACCUUUCUAUGAUUGGAAUUUCCGGGAUUCUUUAUCUGUCCGGGUACGACAUCUUGCCUUUAUUCCUGGAUGACGUCCCGAUGCGUCUUGUCAAUGAGCCAUGGGACGCCAGAUGGUUCGCAUGGGUAGACAGAACCAAGUAUGACGGCUAUUACACGCGCGGUGGUACAAGUGCAGGUUUUAGAACUUCGGAAAAUUGGUACAGUGCCAUAGACAUGUAUUUCGAAGAUGUUGAAGGAGAUAAUAUUUACACAAAGGAAUCAUUGUUGAAAAUGAAACAAAUUGAAGACGAUUUAAUGAAUGCGAAAGAUUAUGACAAGUUUUGCAAAUUGGAUGCCCAAACACGGCAAUGUGUUAAACCACUAUCUGUGCUUCGGUACUUUGACGGAACGUUUCUAAAUAUAAGCUCUGUUUUUAAUGACGAAAACUAUGACAAUAUUACAGAAGUACUGCAUGAAGCUUCAACAAACAACAUGACGAGGGACGAUUUUAGGUUCUUCCUUGCCAAUACACACGAGGUUUCACAGAACGGAGUUAAGUCAAAGAUGACACGGUCAAUUUUCUCGUUCGGAAUACCGCACGAGACAUUUAGUUCCACUGAUUUAGAAAUGGAAUCUGAAACAUACGCCGGGGAAAACAUGAUACCUAUUCUUGAAAAAUAUGAUGAAGUGGAUGAAUUUAAAUUUUCAUACCGUUCCGAAGCCUUGUGGAUGUACAGUGCCAGGAACCAAGCAAUGAAAGACGUACUGUGGGCGGGGGCCAGUAUGGCUUUUAUAUUUCUUGUUAUACUGCUACAUACCAGGUCACUAUGGAUAGCAGGAUUUGCAAUUCUAAGCAUAUUUGCUAGUUUCUUUACAGGGAACUUGAUAUAUAACCUUGUCAUUCGUUUCGAAUACAUUGGCUACUUUCAUAUUCUGUCGUUAUUCAUAAUUCUCGGAAUAGGGGCAGACAAUGUGUUUGUGUUUUAUGAUAUAUGGCGGAAUACAGCAUGCGAUGAAUAUCUGUCCGUCGCUCAUAGAUUGUCAGACUGUUAUAAAAGGUCGGUUUUCAGUAUGUUGAUUACCUCCUUUACAACAGCCGUGGCCUUUCUAUCAAGCGCAAUCACACCCUUGCUGGGAACUAGGUCGUUUGGUUUGUUUUCAGCACUAGUUGUUGUGGUCAACUAUCUGUCAGUCAUACUCUAUUUCCCGACAGUAGUUAUUAUGUAUCACACUUACUUCGAAAAGGCCACAUGGCCGUGUUGUUACCCUUGUCUAAAGCGCUCUGAAUCAGCAGACGACAAUCAGAACAACAAAAAAGAAUCUCCUUAUCACAUCAGCAAGAAAACACGUGCGAAACCAAAUGGUGAAUCUGAUAUAAUGGAGGAAGAUACUGCAGACGAAAUAUUCGCUUCAAGACUAAACCCAGUAUAUGAACCCGAAUACAAUGUAAGAACAGAUUCCCACGGGUCGCAUUAUUACAACUAUCCAGUGACGAAAGUUGACCGUUCGAGAAUAUCUUCUAACGGUAAAUCUUCUCAAAAUGGAUAUCAGUUAUAUGAAGGAAAUCCAAGAAACGGUCGUCGGAGACCAGUGAGCAAUGAUCCUAUGUAUGCUCACAACUAUAAGUAUCCUCGCGAACAGCCUGAAAGAAAUGGUGAUGUACGAAUGAAAAGUCCUUCACAGCAAGACGUUUUCCCGGAGAGACAAUCUCUUAAACUUAACCAGACAUUAUCGGCAAACAAGGACGGAAAAUCGAGAGAAAUGAACAGGAAGCGGAAAAAGAAGUCCUCAUUUGUUCGUUUCUUCCGGAAUUACUAUUUCCGGUUUGUCACGCACAAGUUUGCAAGAUGGGUGAUACUUCUGGUACUAGCGGGAGUGUUGGCUUUCUUUAUAUACCAGGCGUCUAUGAUUGAACCCGAUAACGAACUGUUCAAUAUAUUACCAGACGACCACCCGUACAUGAGUGCCUACAGGCAUACACUGUACUCGUUCGUGACCAGCUUCGGGCAAGGAAACGCAUUAUUAUCUGUUCAUCUUCUGUUCGGUGUGAAACCAAACGACAUAUCAGUCUGUCAUUUUUCAGACCCCGUAUGCUUUGGAAAGCAAGAAUGGGAUCCAGAAUUUAAUCCAAACACUGAGGAGGCCCAAAAGGCAUUGCUAGGAUUAUGCGAGACAUUACGAACUAUUUCUAGUGCGGAAGCGGACGAAUUACGCAUACAGAAAAAUUCUAUCACUGGAGAAUACAACAUCAAAUGUUUCAUGGACAAUCUGCAGACAUUUCUAGAGGAGGAAUAACAGAGGGAUGGUACAAACUGGAGUCUACCGUUCACCAAAGAAAAAGUUGACAGUUUUACCGCCACAAGACCUCAGUUCUUCAACGCCAGUGUUUUCUCAGCCGAAUACAAUAACAAUCUAGAAAUUCCAAUAUCAUACUGGCUGACCAACAGAUACACCGGGGAUUACACAAACGAUUUCAAAAUAUUUGACUCGUUGAUCGGAGAGGAACUUGGACCCUUCAGCGCAAGUGUCAACAAUAAUAAAGAAAUCAUGUAUGGAAACAAUUUGAAGUUUGUAGCAGUUUCUGUGGGUACGGACAUACAGGCAAUGCUUCUUGGUUACAAGGAUGGUGACAUUAUAAUGGAAAAAUGGGAACAAUUUCUAAACACACAGCUGAGAAAAAUGCCUAAAGAACUGAAAACUGGCUUUCAAAUUUCAUCACAUGAACGUUGGGUGUGGAUAACAAGACAAAGGUUACUUGUAAAUAAUGCUAUCUACGGCAUCGUUAUUGGGCUGUGCCUCGCCUGUCCUAUUUUGAUCAUUGCUACUGGAAACUUGAUCACUGGACUACUUGCUACAUUUUCCCUUUGUUGUACUACUGUAUGUGUGGUAGGGGUCAUUGUGUUAGGAGGCUGGAAACUUGGGAUGAUCGAGGCGAUGAAUAUGUGCAUGGUAGUAGGGUUAUCUGUGGACUAUGUUGUUCAUCUUGCGGAGGGAUACACGCUCUCGCUACAUCAGGAUCGGUUGUCACGUGUUCGAGAUAUGCUGGAUUUAAUGGGGGUAUCUGUAUUUUUUGGAGCCUGCACAACCCUUGGUGCAUCAAUUUUUAUGUUAUUCACAGUUCUUUCGUUCUUUACACAAUUUGCGACAUUUUUACUUUCAACUAUAGGAUUUUCAUUGUUGUUUUCAAUGGGGCUUUUUGUUACGCUUCUCGGGAUUUUUGGACCGGAAGGAGAAACAGGAAAUGUAAUAGCUAUUUUCAGACGAAUUUGUAAUCAUAGAAGAGAGCGUCGUCGCAGCCGGAGGGAACGCAGAAAAUAAAUGUUUGAUAUUUCAAAGAUGAAGUCUUUUAUUUAGGAGUAAUCCAUGACAGUAACGUUAUCAUAUGUAUAUCUUGUAUCCUCAAGGAGCUAAAUUGUAUUGAACAUCGAUAAUACGUUUCAAAACAAACCAGCAAUGAUAAGUAGUACUUGAAAAACUCUUUGUUAAUGUCAGUUUAUUUGAUUUUCAUAUGAGACUACGUGUUUGCAGUGAACUAAAGAGAAAAUACACACAGUUAAGAUUAAUACCAUUUAAUUUGGAUGAAGUUAAUACAAUACUAUCAAAUUGAAUAUAGAAAUCAAUUUGUCCUUUGCAACUGUUGUCAAACAUUUAUAAUGCAAUUUGUGUGAUAUUCCAUCUAGCUGUUAUAAGAAUAUUACAACGGCAAAAGUGUUGCACCAAACAGUCCUAGUGCUCACCCAUGAAAUUUGCACAUACUUGAUCCAUGUCUUUUCUUAGAAACACCAUGCAUGUUGAUGCAUUAGAACAAACAGUUAACCAGAUAUAUAGGCAGUUUCAUUAUUCACUGAAUGAACCUUAUAAAAUAACAUUUUGUCCUGUGUAACCUAGAAAUCAUGUCAGCCUUGCCGUUGUUUUGUUGAUGUUAUAAUUAUAGAAGUAUUUUAUGACUUGUUCAUUAUUUGCACACGCUUCGAGGUUCAUGGCAAACUUUACAAAUUUCAGUUAUAAGUAAUUAUUGAGGUUCAUUUCAAACUUUUCGAAUUUCAGUUGUAAGUAAUUGUAUGUCAAAGAUUAAAGCUAAGUAAUUAAGCAUUCAUGGAAGUAUUUAAUAAAGCACACGUUGAGUUUGGUAACUAUGUAAAAUGGCGUCUUCUGUGUUAAUUACGCAGUAAAAUAGUAAGGUAAAAUAGUUGGAAUUAUGCAGUUUAAUAAUUUUGACAGAAGUGGUAUAAUAAUGAGUUAAGAAUUACGCUACAAACCUGUUUAAUUUAUUACAUUAUUUACAAUAAGUGUAAUAUACAAUUAUCCAUGUACACCUUGGCGAAGUGUCGCUACAAAUCAUUUUGUUUACAUUGUUUAUAUCAUACGUAAUGUUUUAUUAACAUAAUCUGUAUAUUACAUAUACAGUGGAUAUUGCGGUUGAACUUAAUAAAAAAAGUUUAUUUUCGUCAACAUAAAAUCAACUACAUCGACCAGAAAAAAUUAUUAGAAUUGUUUGUGGUUCUUUCUAACUAACUAAUUAUUGCGUGAUAAUUCUGUUCAUAAAAAUCCGCUUGUGGCUUUUUCCGGUAUAUGUAUUAAUCUAAACUCACUGAGUUUUUAUUGUUUUAAAUGUCCCGCCUUGCUAACGCAAAGAUGUAGACCUAACAGGCUGUUUUUAAUCUGGGGCGGUGUGACUUAAUUGACAUCUGUACUACAGACAAUGGUGUAACAACAAGUACAAAUAAACAAGUACAUUGUAUUGUAAAUUCAUUCUCAGUAAAUAAUCAUUUUAAUUUGUA